AUGAAGCUGUACGCGGCAUUAUCGUUGGUGAUCCUGGGCGUAGCGGUAGCGAACGCUAGCCGCAUGUCGAACUGCUACGUGUCGUGCGGUGACAAUGAGGUACUGCGCCCGACGGCACCCUGCUGCCAGGAUACCUGUGACAUGUCGUGCCGGGCCUGUGACUACGACAGCUGCAAGCUGGUCUACAAGCCGACCUGCGUCUGCAAGAGCGGAUACGUGCGCUACAACGGGAAGUGUGUCCAGAAGACCUGUUGCCCCUCGUACCAGGAUGACUCCGAUUCGGACGAGUACGUUCCGCAGGUGUGGCAACGGAAGUGCGACCGACGGUGUCCCUGCGGCAAGACGUUCGUGUGCGGUACCGACUACUCUUCCGAGGAGCAGUACUAUCCUUGCGGCUGCAAGACACUACCGCCGUGCUGUACCACCACGACCACCCCUGCGCCGACAACGACCACUCCUCCGCCAACAACGACCACUCCUCCGCCCACUACCACCACCACGGAAGAACUCGUGUUCCGGCGUCCGUCCUGCGAACCGACCUGUGACGACGACUGUUCCGAUGACUCGUGCCCGGUGCUGCUGGUCGAGGAACCAACCUGCGCCUGCCGUCCCGGUUACGUCCGCUACCAGGGACACUGUAUCACCAAGGCGUCCUGCCCGCGCAGUGUCUCCCGCUAUCAGCUGUUCGUGCCGCAACAGCCACGUUGUUCAGCGCGCUGCGGAACACCGAACCGCGAGCGCCGUGACAUUUGGCAAGUGAACCUGAGCCUGAUCAACCGAGCCACACUUUGCACGAUGCGAACGGUGGGCCACAAACGGCUACGGGCGGGCGUGGUGCUCUUCGCGUUCCUAGUGGUCAUUCUCCAGUCCGCCAGCUGCAAAGAGUGCGGAUCGUCGAAAGACACAAGCGUCAAGUGUGCACCGUUCGAAGUGCUGAGGCCGGACAAGCCGUGCUGUGAGCCAACGUGUGAGGACGAUUGCUCGCACGCCAUUUGUCGGCGGGCCCAGGGCAGCUACCCGAAACCAACCUGCGUCUGCCGGCAGGGCCUUGUGCGCCACGCGAAGGCCUGCAUACCGCGCCAAAUGUGUCCUCCUCAUUUCAGCCCUCGUGCAAACGGCCCCUACCGCCCAGCUCCGUUGCCGAAACCAGUAACACCGAAACCGUGCACGAAACCUCCUCCGACAAAACCGCCCCAGCCAACCUGCGGUCCAAACGAGCAGCUGUUCCACUGUCGGCAAUUCUGUGUGCCCACUUGCAAGAACGACUGCAGCAAAGUGCUGCAGCCGAGGAUCUGCAUUCCGGAGACGAGCUGCAUCUGCAAACCGGGGUACGUCCGCCACGAGGGCCGGUGCAUUCCGCAGUGCGAUUGUCCGAAGCGGCCCCAACCGUUGCCCCUUUCCGGGGAGUACGUCGAGUUCGAGGUCGUGUCCGUCGAGGGCGGUAAAUCCGAUGAAGACUUUGACUUCCCGUUUGCCUCGAAUUGUGAAUGCCGCAAGGAUGUGAAACGACCUGCCCAACCGGCGCAGUUUGUCCCGACGUGCCCGAAGCCCGUACCCUGCACUACCCCAAAACCGGUCCAACCCUUUCUCAACUACGGCACGACCGAACGGAACAUCUAUCCACCGGUGUGCUCCUGCAGACAUAAGCUGCCCAGCCUAUUAACGUCUUCCGCCGCCAUGCCCGACCCCGACCGAACGUACGAGAGCACGGAGGAGGAAUUGUCCGACAUUGUCCCGUACGCUUUGCCAGUUCCGCGAACCGGCAUCUAUCCAAAGCCGUGCUUGUCGCCGUAUCCUCCGAAGCCCCAGCUGCCCAGUCUGGGGCAUUACUAUGGACAGCGACCGACAUUACCCCGACAUCGGUGCGAUUACAACGAGCCUCUGGAUCACUUCCUCGGCACCGGCUCGCCGUACGGAUGA